AGAAAGUCCUACUUCAUAUAACGCAGUUCCUACAUUCUCCUAAAAAUUAUCUCGUAUUUAUUUAUCUACAUAAAACAACAAAGCUACAUAUGGUGCCAACAUUAAAAGAAGAGGCUAAUUCUUCACUAUUGUCAACCUACUUGAAUGAAUUCAUCAGUGACUUGUAAUUUUAUGCACGUGCUGUUUGACUCUUAAAAGUUCAGUGAAACUGCUUGCAUAUAAAAAAAAUUCAGAACAAGAUGUCUUCGCGUGUGGGGUAUUUUCUAAGAUUUGGUCUCCCCUUGGGAAGUUGUCUCAUCCUUUGUGGAAUUGUACAGACUGUAACCAGCCUCUACGAAGUUUGCGUGGAACUUCCGAGUGUACUCGUCACUCACUGGGAUGAACCCGUAGUUCAAAUCAUAUCUGAGACCCCAUCCGUCAUAGUUUUCAGUGUGCUCCGCUUGCUGCAACUUUUCGCGGAUAUCGUGUUCCUCUUGGUCGGCGCAAUUGUUAAGGGGUCCAGACUGCUCCUGAUCUCAUGGGUGGUAGUAACCAUCUCCAGCAUCGUGACGCACGAUGUUGCCUGGUUCCUCUACUCUUACUCUGAAGGGGGGAUAUCGUCAAUUUACAUAUAUAAAGCUGCGUACUUCGUAGUGGUCGCCACGAUAUUCCACGUGUACAUCGUGUCCAUUGGGUUUCGCUGCGUGUCCUGCAUGAAAGAAAAUCUCGAAGAGGUGCACCCCAUUGGGAAAGGAGUUGUCCAGAUUGGCAAGUAUUUUGCACACCAUGCAAAAAUCGGGACUAGACUUAUCCUCACGUCUGAAUUGAUUCUCAACUUGGAUUUUUUCUUGAUUGAGAUACUUCCAAUCGUCCUUUUCGACGAAUAUUACUCUGAUCAUGAGCGAUAUCAAAAUUGGUGGGAAGACGUGGCGUUACGAGGUGUCCGAGUUGUACUUGGCAUUACAGGUCUGGUAAUUCUCUCGAAGGGUAAAGAAACCUGGGUCAAGUAUUGGUGCAUCCCGUACCUUUUCACCGUGUUCUUAAGUCUCGCCAUGUUUCUGGGCAUGGUUGUAGAUUGGUUGGGCGAACUUGAAUUUGUCACUGUCGCCUAUCUCUUAAACUUCGCAAUCAACCUGGUCUACAGAGUUCUCGUCUUUACUAUUUGCUUCUGGUACUCGUAUCCCAAAAAAAAUUCAGACUUUGGAUUUAUUGCAGAGCUCAGUUAGAACUUAUGUAGCGGCGUUACACACAAUGUUAAAUUGUCAUAAAUACUUCAACAUGUCAACGAUUAAUUAGAAAUUUUUGAAUCUUUAACAAAAUUUCCAAUUAAAAUCAAGAAAAUUUUUAAUUAUGUA